CUCAAAAGAAAAAAAGUGACAUACACGUGUUCAAAGCGAUUUCUGGGAAGACCUGAAUAGGAGCGAAGCGGUUUGUGCGUGCCAGGGGGCGGGCCUAGGCAAAGUACAUACCCACAGGCAGUCUAGAGCUGGUGGGUGGGGCCGCAGGCUGCCCACACAGGCCGCCCGCUGUUUUCCCUUGCUGCAGACAUGCUGUGGAUCUGGGCUGUCCUGCCUCUGGAAGGAAAUGACUGGCCAUCUUCUCUAACCACUGCUCCUCCAUGUACACAGCUCCAUCACCCCACAGUCAUGAGAAUUUAGAAGCAGCAGCCACAAUUUGUUCAAGCAAUUGUCCAAGCCCCACUCAGUGCAGAUGCUUGGAAGGGGCAGUCUCUGUGACCAUCAGGGCUACCAGAGUAUGGUCACCAGGAGGUACCCACGAUUGUGGGAUUCCUUGUGAGAAUUCCAGGGGAGAAAAUGUGAAGACUCAGGCAUCUAUGUUCCAGAUCCACAACUCUACCAGACACACUGCAAUGUAGCCAUGGCUGUUCAUAAAAUGCUGCUCCACCUGGAGAGAGGAUCCUCAAACUGAGGUGCUUGCUGGCUCACAGUUAAGAGUUCAUACUCAAGGUACUAAUAGCAUCUCCGAGAGUUUAAAGCUGAGGAGGCGGGUUCGUGAAACUGAUAAAAACUGCUCAGAAGGAUUAUAUCAAGGAGGCCCAUUUUGCUGUCAACCAUGCCAACCUGGUCUCUCAGCUAUCCAGUCUGAUUCCUGGCCACGUAGGCAGUGUAAAGCAUGGGCUCCCUCUCAUGGAGUGAGCUUCAAGUUAAACAAGACAUUGGCUGGCCACUCCCACAAGUUCUGUGCCACCAUUGCCCCAGCACAUCUUGCAGGCAGGAUACAAGUAAAAAAAAAGUUGAGGACUGCAAAAUGAAUGGGGGUACACCAACCUGCGCCCCAUGCACAGAAGGGAAGGAGUACAUGGACAAGAACCAUUAUGCUGAUAAAUGCAGAAGAUGCACACUCUGCGAUGAAGAGCAUGGUUUAGAGGUGGAAACAAACUGCACCCUGACCCAGAAUACCAAGUGCAAGUGCAAACCAGACUUCUACUGCGAUUCUCCUGGCUGUGAACACUGUGUUCGCUGCGCCUCGUGUGAACAUGGAACCCUUGAGCCGUGCACAGCAACCAGCAAUACAAACUGCAGGAAACAAAGUCCCAGAAAUCGCCUAUGGUUGUUGACCAUCCUUGUUUUGUUAAUUCCACUUGUAUUUAUAUAUCGAAAGUACCGGAAAAGAAAGUGCUGGAAAAGGAGACAGGAUGACCCUGAAUCUAGAACCUCCAGUCGUGAAACCAUACCAAUGAAUGCCUCAAAUCUUAGCUUGAGUAAAUACAUCCCGAGAAUUGCUGAAGACAUGACAAUCCAGGAAGCUAAAAAAUUUGCUCGAGAAAAUAACAUCAAGGAGGGCAAGAUAGAUGAGAUCAUGCAUGACAGCAUCCAAGACACAGCUGAGCAGAAAGUCCAGCUGCUCCUGUGCUGGUACCAAUCUCAUGGGAAGAGUGAUGCAUAUCAAGAUUUAAUCAAGGGUCUCAAAAAAGCCGAAUGUCGCAGAACCUUAGAUAAAUUUCAGGACAUGGUCCAGAAGGACCUUGGAAAAUCAACCCCAGACACUGGAAAUGAAAAUGAAGGACAAUGUCUGGAGUGAAAACUACCUCAGUUCCAGCCAUGAAGAGAGGAGAGAGCCUGCCACCCAUGAUGGAAACAAAAUGAAUGCCAACUGUAUUGACAUUGGCAACUCCUGGUGUGUUCUCUUUGCCAGCAAAUGGUAGUUGAUACUCAGUGAGGGUCAAAUGACUAGCAGGUUCCAGGGACUGCUUCUGUUAUUCUCUGCAGUUGCUGAGAUGAACCAUUUUCUCUGUCUACUGCAAUUUUUACAUUCAAAUGUCCAUGAAAUUUGUAUUAAAUGUGAAGUGGAAUCUGCAGUGUUUGUGUUUAUAUUCAUAUACUAUGAACUGAGGAGAAUUAUAAACUGAAACAAAUACUCGCAGUUAAUUGAAGACCUUCCAUUGAUGGACAGUUCUUUUCCUCUCUAUGUGGAAAUGUAUAAUAGAAGAAAUAAUUUUUAAAUUAAAGUAUCUCUUUUUGCA